CCCCCCCCCCCCCCCCCGGAGUCGGGGACAUAACGUGACACGUCCUCCCCGAGCGGCAGACGUCAGCGGACGCCACCAUGCAGCAGUGCCACACCGGCCUGUGCCUCUCCGUCUACGUCGUCACCUUCGUGCUGGGCUUCCCGGCCAAUCUGCUCGCCUUCGUCACCUUCGUCCGGAAGGUGCGGCAGAAGCCCGCGCCCAUCGACAUCCUGCUGCUCAACCUCACCGUCUCCGACCUGCUCUUCCUCCUCUUCCUGCCCUUCAAGAUGCAGGAGGUGAUGAACGGCAUGCUGUGGGACAUGCCCUACGCGCUGUGCCCGCUGUCCGGCUUCGUCUUCUUCAUGACCAUCUACACCAGCACCUUCUUCCUGACGGCGGUGAGCGUGGAGCGCUACCUGGGCGUGGCCUUCCCCAUCCAGCACACGCUGAAGCGGAGGCCCGUCUACGCCGUGGCCGCCAGCGCCUUCUUCUGGGUCUUCUCCAUCGUCCACCUGAGCAUCGUGUUCAUCGUGCCGUUCAUCGGGCCGGGGGCGUCGCCCAACGGCACGCUGGGCUCCACCGCGGCCCCCGCGACCCCCGCGGCCCGCGACGAGGUCUGCUACGAGGACUUCACCCCGGACCAGCUGAGGGUGCUGCUGCCCGUGCGCCUGGAGCUGUGCAUCGUGCUCUUCUGCAUGCCCUUCCUCAUUUGCUGCUUCUGCUACAUCAACUUCAUCCGGAUCCUGUCGCGGCUGCAGCACAUCGACCGGCGGCGCCGCCUGCGCGCCAUCGGCAUGGCUCUGGGCACCCUGCUGGUGUUCGCCGUGUGCUUCGGCCCGUACAACGUGUCGCACGUGGUGGGCUUCGUGAUGUGGAGGAGCCCGGACUGGAGGGACAAGGCCCUGCUGUGCAGCACCUUCAACGCCUGCCUGGACCCGCUCAUCUUCUACUUCUCCUCCUCCGCCGUGAGGGCGACGGUGAGCAGCAUGAUGCGCGGCGUCCGGAGGCGCCUGCACAUGUUCGCGCCCUGCCACGCGCUGGAGGUCUCGUCGCGGGGAACCAGCAAGAGCACCAACGACAAGGAGCCCACGCAGGAGGACAUGAACGCUAUCUGAGCGGAUUGUGGGUAUUUCUGCACCAACGAACGUGUGCGCGCGCGUGAGAAAAGCGCGUCUCUGGCGGAUUCUGAUGAACUGGUGGAGUCUAAAGCCACAGACGUGGUCACAUUCAAACAAGGACAGAUGUCAUUUAUUGAAACCUGUGUGUAUUAUGUGUAUAGAAUUUUAAUGCAGAUAUUGAUUAGAGGUGUAAAUGUAUGAACACUGGCAGGGAUCAUAAUUUGUAUAUACAUCAAAAAACAGAAACAAUAUUUUCGUAUACUGUCAUUUGAGAUAAUUUAUAACUUGCUUGUAGAGACGUCGGGUAAGAGCCUGAUGAAAACCAAUGAAAUAAAGAGAUGGGAUUUUCAUAAACAAACAAUAUACGUUUACGUAACUGUGUUCCCGGACCGUAGUCAGGGAACGAGGCGACCGCUUGUUUGUGUCCGUGGAAAGACGAGCGAUAAGGACUAAUUAGUUUGAGUGACGGCUGUGGCCGCUGCGUGUGAAGCCGCAGCAUCAGCCGAUGUGCGCA